AUGCUCCAAUAUAUUGAAACACGAAAUUUUCCAGCAUUGAUCAAUAAUACUACUAUUGAUUAUUUUGCUCGUUGGCCACAACAAGCUUUGUAUGCUGUUGCUGAACACUUCAUAUCUGAUUUUAAAUUGAUAACAAAUGAAUUUAAAAAUAAUAUUAUUGAACAUAUGAUUAUGGUACAUGAAUCUGCUAAUUUCUAUUGUGAUCUAUAUACUGAAAAAAUGCAUCGUAGUGCUUAUGCUACACCAAAAAAUUAUCUAGAUUUUAUUCAUACAUUUAUUCAAUUGUAUAAACAAAAGAAAGAUGAUUUAUUGAAACAAGCUGAACGAUUAAAUGUUGGAAUCAUUCGAAUUGAUGAAGCUAGUAUACUUAUACAAGAAAUGGAUCGAAAAUUAGAAAAACAACGUAAAGAACUUGCAAUAAAAACACAAAAAUGUGAUGAUUUAUUAUCCGAGAUAACUAUUUUAACUGCUAAACAAACAGAACGUAAAAGUCGAGCAUUAGAAAAAAAGCAAAUAGUUGAUGAACAAUUAAUAAUUAUAGAAAAAGAAAAACAUGAAGCUGAAUCACAAUUACAAGAAACAAUGCCAGCAUUACUCGAAGCUCAACAAGGUCUUGAUACACUUAAAGCAACUGAUAUAACUGAAAUGCGUAGUUUCGCAAAUCCAGUCGAUACAUUAAGAUUAAUUGGCUAUUGUAUGUUGAUUUAUUUGGGUCAUCCAUCAAUUACUUGGAAAGAUGUAAUAUUCAGUUUUUAUUUAUUUAAGCCGAAUGAACGUUGA